AUGGGGAAACGCAAGCUGGCUGGUUCCGUGCGCAGGUACGUUGCUACCGAACUCUCCCGAGUAACCAAAGGAAUUGCAAGGGCUUUUCACAGCAAUGAGGAACGCCAGCGCCCGGCGGCUGAGGAAUCAAAUCAAAUACCCUCUUCCCAUGUUAAUGGUUCGCUUCCCGUUUCCUCGGUUGAGGCGUUGCCAGUGACCAAGGUCCCUGCGCUGAACACUAUUGACCGAUAUGCCGCGAAUGAGCCAAUCGUGGACGCGGGAAAUCCUGUCGGCAGGAGCCCUCGCGUCAAGCUUUCAUGCAGCUCUGACGUGCGAAACGUGAUCGACGGCCUACUCGGCGGCUAUGCACGUUUCAUAUCUUCUUUUACUGGGCUCGAAGAUGUCGCCUUCUUAACUAAUCGGACAUUUCCUUUUGGGGACUCGAAGACAUCUCGAUCCAUUGUUGUCGCGUCUGUAUCGCAUACUGAAAGCCAGACCAACAUCAAUACUACUGAAGUUGAUGCAGACUACCACCACAGCCACGAUGAAGUGCAGUUCUACGCUGAACUGGGACGUUUUGUCAAAUCUUCAAAUGGGGAACACAAAGUCGUACAAGGACAUGAUAAUGUAACUGCCCCAAAAUCUUUCUACUGGAGCAUACUGACAUACCUCUAG